GCCGAAGAUCAAGUUGUAGCUGCGGUGUCGUUUUUCGACCCUGCGUUGAAAGAGGUUCGACGACGGGUGUUUUAUCAAUGGAGUCGCACUGUCUUCAUCCUCUGCGUCUUUGUGCUGGCCGUGCUGUCAAUCUUCUGGGGCUCCCAAUAUAGCACCGAGAGCAAAUAUAGGGAGCUUAAAGUCUGGGUUGUCGACUUUGAUGGUCAAACGGACGACUACGCUACGAGCAAUCCUGUCGUUGGACCGGUCGUUACAAAUACGGCGCAAGAUUUCAUCGACUCGUCCGACCUGCACCUAGGCUAUAUCAUCAAAAAUGCCAGCACCUUCAACAAUGACCCCUGGGCGGUCCGCCAAGCAGUCUACGACGAACAUGCCUACGCCGCAGUCAUCGUCAACCCCAACGCAACCGCCCUCCUCCGUGAUGCAGUCACACAACGAAACACCAGUUACGACCCCAUCGGCGCUAUUCAGACAGUUAUCAUCUCGGCUCGCGACCAAAACACAUACUACACCUACGUCCUCCCAGACCUAGCCAUCUUCCAAAGCAGCGUCCUCGCCUCCUUCGGUCCCGAUUGGGUCCAGACUCUAAUCACCAACGGGACAAAUCUAACCUCUGUCCCGUCACAAGCCAUCAACCCAGCUAUCGGCUUUACAAACAUCGACCUCCGCCCCUUCACACCAGCAGUCGCCGCACCAGCCGUUACAAUCGGCCUAAUCUACCUCAUCAUCAUCGCCUUCUUCAACUUCCCCUUCCUAAUGCCCAUACACGCCCAACUAAUCAAACCAUCCUCCUCAAACCCGCCUCUCAAAAUCCCCCAAUGGCUCAUCUGGCGCAUCUGCUCCAACAUCGCGGCAUAUUUCUUCCUCAGUUUAUUCUACAGUCUGGUCAGUCUGGCCUUUGGAAUUCCAUUCUCGAAUUCGCCAGCUCCAGACACGCUGUCUGCGAAUAAUCCGAAUGCGUACGGGAAGGGCUCGUUCGUCGUCUUUUGGAUGCUCAAUUGGGUUGGUAUGACGGCGUUGGGUAUGCCGUGUGAGAAUAUGGCGAUGGUGCUGGGGUUCCCGUGGAGUUCGUUUUUCUUGAUCUUUUGGGUUAUUACGAAUGUUGCUACGGGAUUUUAUGCGGUCGAGUUGGCGAGUGUGUUUUAUCGGUGGGGGUAUGCGUGGCCUUUGCAUCGGAUUGUCGAGGCUCUGAGGACUAUUUUGUUCGGUACGCAUUCGCGGAUUGGCCUUGAUUUUGCGGUGUUGUUUAUUUGGAUUGCGGUUUCGAUUGCGUUUUUCCCCGUCGCGAGCUUUAUUAUGCGGUGGAAGAUGAAGAGGGGACUUGCUUGA